GUACGAAACACGAACAAACCUUCACAUUCAUCAGGAUAUUUACAUCAAAACAUAAACAAGUUUUUUCAAAGCUUUCCAGAUUAUCAAAUCUUUGAAACCUGCCUCGCCUGAAGGAUUCGCCAUCACAGAGAACAGUUCCUAACUACAAAACUUCCAAAUCUUUAAGCUUCACGACUUUCAUCUUCUUUACCGACACAAGAUUUUUCAAAUUAAAAGUUGAAAUCUUCAAUUAUGUCCAAGAAUAAUCAAGACAACCUCUCACCAGCUUUUAAGCCCGCGCUUUUUGAUCCACGUAAGAAAGAAGCCCAACAACAGCCGCCUCUGAGUCAAAUGCUGACCCAAAUGCAAGCCGCUAAACGGGAUCCGGCAACCCAACCAUUCGCAGACACUGCGAUGGCCAACUUCUCAACACCAGCAUCUGGUGAGGAAGCUUCCCAAGGAAUGGCUCCAACCCAACCUGCGGCGGAGAUGGGUAUGGCUGUAAGUUUCGGUGCGGAUGGGCCAGAAUUUGGUGCAGGUGUUCCAACAUUUGGUGCCGGUAUGCCAGCAUUUGGUUCAGGUGUUCCAGCAUUUGGUACUGGUAUGCCAGAAUUCGGUUCAGGUGUUCCAGCAUUUGGUACCGGUAUGCCAGAAUUCGGUUCAGGUGUUCCAGCAUUUGGUACCGGUAUGCCAGAAUUCGGUUCAGGUGUUCCAGCAUUUGGUACCGGUAUGCCAGAAUUCGGUUCAGGUGUUCCAGCAUUUGGUACCGGUAUGCCAGAAUUCGAUUCAGGUGUUCCAGCAUUUGAUACCGGUAUACCAGAAUUCGGUUCAGGUGUUCCAGCAUUUGGUGCCGGUACGCAUAAUUCAGUCAAUGUAUCCGGAGAUGCUGAACCUGAGUCAAACUCAUCUUUCAAAUUCUCGAUCUCUCAUAUGGUUCCUAAAUCAAUUGAAAAUGCAACUCUUAAGCAAGAGAAUACCGAUCUUCGUUUACAGCUCAAUGCUGCUAGGGAGAAGAUUGCUGCCCAACAAUCUGGAUACGAGAAGAUGGAAACCGAGCUUUCAGAGACGAAGAUACUUGCAUUUCAAUCCGGUUGGUACAAGCAACAACAUGAUUCCAUAAAAGACGAAAAUGAAGAUCUUGAAGCUUCCAAUGCAGGAUUUCAAGAGGAAGUCAGUCGUUUGAAUAAAGAACUUGAAAUAGCAAAAACUCGAAUGUUGAGUCUAGAAACCGACCUUGCGAUUACAAACUUCAUGCGCCAAACACUUGAAAAGGAAGCCCGAGAUCGUGGCUUCGCUCCAGGAUUUGGAAACCAACCUUUGCAAAGUAUGGUCCAAGAGAAGGAAGAUCAAAUCUCGGACCUCAGAGGCAGAAUUGGUAGAAUGGAGGAUGAAUUGGAAAAUGCUAAAAAUCAACAUAGUGCGGAGUUUGAUCGGCUUAAUGGGAACAUCACCAAACUUCAAACUGAGCUCGGGCAUGCAAAUCAAAGAAAUGUCGAUUCGGAUAUCAUACUAAACAGGUAUCGCGACCAGUAUUCGGAAUGCGAAAGUUUGAGACUAAAAUCUGAGUCAAAAUUGCAAGUUGCGUUGACAGACAAGACCACAACAGAGAACUUGGCCAGCCAAUAUCAUUCAACAAUUCUUCAACUACAUGAAACCCUUCAAGAAGUCCAGUUCAAACAGACACAGGAGAAACACGAUGCCGAAGACAUUGUCAACAAGCAUAUUGGCGAAAAACAACAAAUCCAACAGCAUCUUAACCAACUUCAACAUGAGUACCAGAACCUCAAGCUCCAUGCAGAAAAAGAAGCCAGUGACCUGAAUGCUACUGUUGCCAAUGCAGCCAAAGCUAUGAAAGAGAGAGAUGCAGCUGUUAGUGUUGCAGACAAACUUGAGAAGGAAAGAGAUGAUGCUUUUAUUGUUGCAGAGAACCUUCGCAGCGAAAGGGAUGCAGCUUUUUCAUUUGCAAACAAAGUUAUGGAGAGAAGAGAUUCUGCUGUCACCGAAGAUUUAAAGGAAAGACAUACCACUGGAAUCACUGCCAAGCAACUUGAUAGAGAGGAACCGCAAGGUCCUGAGCCGUCCGCCCAGCAAUUGAAGGAUGACGUCAAACAAUCUCGACAGCAACUUCUGAAGCUGACCACCGAAAAAUCACAGUUGGUCGGCGCGAAAUCUAACCAUUCAAUCUUUGAACAGAGUGAUACUCGCACGAUUAGAAAGUUGCGAAUUGAGCGAGAUAGCUUGGAGUUACUUUACAAGACUUUGAAAGAAAAUCUCACCAACCCUACAUCUGUCGAGGCCGUCGAAAAAGUCAAGCAACUGGAGACUGAAUUUUUAAAAUCUCAAAAAGCUGUCCGAUGUCUGGAGGGUGAGGUCAGAUUUAUCGAGGACUAUUCCAGCCGAGCCUCACAGAAACUCAAGGAUAACAUUUCAAGUCUUCAAUCAAAGAUCUCAGAGCUUGAGAGUUCUUUAUCAGAAUGCACUAGUAUCAAGGACAAAACUGCCAUUGCUCUUUCCGAGUGCCAAGGUAAAAUAGAAAGUGACCAAGAGAUAAAGAGAAGUUACCAGGAUCAGUUAUCCAAGAAGACUGAAGAAGUCGAAAGAGUUGCUGCAGCUCUCCAAAAAUUACAGGAAGAGCAAUCUAUACUGGUGGCUACAACGGUUCAAAAUCUUGAUUCUGAAACCUCAGCUCACAAAAAAACUUCUGCUGAGCUUCACUCCCUCAAAGAAGAGUUCAAAAAGCAGAAAUCUGAGUUGAGAUUGACCAAGAAAGUUUUCAGAGAACUUAAGUUGGCUCCUCUUUCUAGUGAUAACACUGCACCUGGCAGUCCAUCCUUGGGUCCUGUACUUGGAAAUUCGGGCAUGGGACAAAAUUCGAUUUCGAAGAAGACCGACAGGGAGGCGAUAAUCAAUCUUUUAUCCGAAUCAGACGAAGGACUAAUCGCUGCUACUAGAAAGGGGUUCCAUGAGCGACAGGAAAAGAUCAAAAAGGCAAAGAUUGAACAGGAAAAAAUCGAACUGGAGAAGAUCGAACUUGAAAAGAUCGAACAGGAAAAGAUUGAACUGGAAAAGAUCAAGCAGCCCAUCCCUAACAACGAGAUUCCUAUCACUGAGGACCCUGCAGAAAUCGUCUCAUCCGAGACUCCCAAAAUUUCCGUACCUGUACCGGAGUCUACUGGUAACUCUUUCCCAGCCCAGGAUAGCACUACAAUUGAUGAAUAUAUUCCAUUACGAAUGGCUGUUCAAUCACCAGCUUCAUCUACCCUUGAACUUGCACCGGAGUUUGUGGAUGAGAACUUCUUAACCAUGAAAUGCCCAGAAAUCACCGAACAGACUCCAAUCCCUGUGAUUGUUGUGGAGUCUAAAUUCUCUCCUAGGUCUAAGGCUUACUCUUGGUCGAGGUUUUUCUUCAUCGCUUUCUUAACCAUUUGUUGGGUUGGUCACAUGUGGCCCUCUACCACCUUGUUUACCCCAGGUGUCAUUCAUUUAAUCGAUGCACCAAAACCAGCAAGCAUUCCAGUGGCCACAAUGAACGUACCUACCUUUGCAAUCCCUACGACAUUCCGACUGGCUGUGAUACCAGAAAUAGCAACAGAAACAGCUUCUGUGCAGAUCCCUCAGGUCACAACCGUUGCUGUUCUUCCUAGAUAUGCCGACUUCUUACCCCAGAUAUUAUACCCAAGCAGAAUAAUCCACCUGCACCAACUCUUCAAGGUCAAGUCAGUCGUUUUCUGGGACGUUUUCAAGACCUCUGUUAGACGUUUUGCGAGAAACUUUUCUCCCAGGCAUUAAAUCUCAGGGAAUUUUGACAAGAUCUUACUAUACCAUACUUGCUUUAAGCUUAUGGGCAGUCAAAGAAGUUUGCUUUUCUAUAUUUGCGUGUUAUCCUGGUUUUUUAUUCUUCGGGAUCAACUUUUUUCUUUGUGACGGCGGCGACCCAUCCAAAUCGUCCUUACAACACUUCAAAUGUCGCCUAUCUAACGUUCUCUACCAUAACGAGAAAACCACAAAUCCUCUCCCACGACCAGUUCUUCCUAACAGCUCCAUGGUAUGAGAAUCAUCUAAUCAUGAUAAUUUACAUCGAAUUUGCAUGAAUUUUCCUGAGAAGGCGGACGCGUCUUCAAUAAUGGAGUAUUUGUGUGACUUCCUUGUAAAAUGUCUUUUUUCGAUGAUUCUCAUGACAAGUUGUCUUACUUUCUAAAUCUCAAGGACACGUCAACAAGCAAUCAUUCUCAUAACUUCUGCAGACUAACAAUUCUUUUUUUCGACUUUCAUUUUUCUCCUUCCAGCACCUCAAAACCAGUAUUUGCACGACUACGCACGAUGGUUGGGAUGAACGGAGUUAGUUGUUGAUCACCCCCCUAGGCAAGGGAUGGUUUAACAGACUUUGUUCUCCUUUCUUAAGGGUAUGAUAUGAGGGAAUGUGAAAGAUGGAUGCUUCCUUUGGCGAGGCGGCACUCAUUCUGACACACCACUUUCUAUCAAAGACUUUAUCAUGCGGAGGCAACAUAGCAUAAAAGUACUCCCUUAGGCAAGGAGCUACUCUUAUGCUAUGAUCUUACCUGAAAUGCUUACAACUUUAUGGUGAGAUAAAGGAAUGGAUAAAUUUACCACUGGGGGAGUUGGAAACUUUGCAGAAAUGAUUGUUCUCGAGCUGGAGUUCUCGAAUGGUUACUGAAAUUGGUCGGCGGCAUUGUGGCGGAAUUGUGGCGAUAAGAUUACUCGGAAAAUGGGAAGGGCUUUGCGGUUUGAAAACGGUGUUUGAGAAGGGGUCGCUGAAAUGGUAAAUGGAUGAUGGAUUUGAAGUUGGUGGAUCAAAAAUGGUGUAAAUCCUGGCAGGAAGCAAUAGCUCUGCAGGUACUGGAGGAAUUAUUCGGAUGUCUAAUGUUUUUUCUGAUUUGGCUUUUACUGAUCCAGCUUCCGCAGAUAUUGGUGUUCCAUAUCUUAUUUCCAACUUGUUUUCCUUGGUAUGGUGUGGAAUUACUUGAGUUUUUGGCAGUCUUGAUAGAUGAUGUAGGAUCACGAUCUUGAUAGUACCUUCGAGUUGAAGCUGCUGUCGCAGGACCCUAAUCAAAAUAUCCAAAAUCAUUACA